AACAGAGAACAUGGAAGAGACUUUUUUCCCCCCCCCAUUAUUAGAGAAGGAUUCCAAGUUUACUGUGCUUCAGACAGCGCUGCACAAUCCCUGACAGGUUCUCUUUAAAGCCAAUCGUGACUCUGAGGGGGAGGAGUUUCCGGUUCCUGGAGGAAUGUGAUACAUUCUAGGUUGCCAGCGACCACGCUGUUUGAGAAGAUCUGGUCUCUGUGUAAGAGAAGCGGCUGGUCUGUACUCGCCACAUUGAGCAGUCCUAAGCGCCAAAUUUAUGACAGUAUGUCAGCUUUAAGGGAGAAUCUACUCUUUGGUAUGGGUAAUCCUCUUCUGGAUAUCUGUGCAGUGGUGGACAAAGACUUUCUUGAUAAAUAUGGCUUAAAAGCAAAUGACCAGAUCCUGGCUGAAGAUAAACACAAAGAACUGUUUGAAGAGCUGGUGAAGAAGUUUAAAGUUGAAUACCAUGCUGGAGGCUCAACACAAAAUUCGGUUAAAGUGGCUCAGUGGAUGAUCCAGAAACCGUACAAGGUUGCUACAUUUUUUGGAUGUAUUGGUACUGACAAGUUUGGUGAAAUCUUAAAGAAGAAAGCUGAGGAGGCUCAUGUGGAUGCUCACUACUAUGAACAGAGUGAGCAGCCCACGGGAACAUGUGCUGCCUGCAUAACUGGUGAAAACAGGUCUCUUGUUGCUCACCUAGCUGCUGCAAAUUGCUAUGACAAAACAAAGCAUCUUGAUCUGAAGGAAAACUGGGAAUUAGUUCAAAAAGCCAAAGUAUACUACAUUGCAGGUUUUUUCCUUACAGUCUCUCCUGAAUCGAUCCUUAAAGUGGCCACUCAGUCUUCUGAACAGAACAAGGUCUUUUGUAUGAAUUUAUCUGCCCCAUUCAUCAGCCAGUUCUACAAAGACCCACUAAUGAAAGUCAUGCCUUAUGUGGAUAUUCUUUUUGGGAACGAAACGGAAGCUGCUACAUUUGCUCGGGAGCAAGGGUUCGAGACUGAAGAUAUUAAAGAAAUAGCCAAGAAGGCACAGGCUUUACAAAAGGUGAACUCAAAAAGACCAAGAAUUGUUAUUUUUACCCAAGGGCAGGAUGAUACCAUUGUGGCUACAGAUAAUGACGUUGUUGCUUUCCCAGUAAUAGAAAUAGACCAGAGCAAAAUAGUUGAUACCAAUGGAGCAGGAGAUGCUUUUGUGGGAGGUUUUCUCUCUCAACUGGUAUCUGAUCAACCUCUAGAAGAAUGUGUUCGAGCUGGUCAUUACUCUGCCAAUGUGGUAAUCAGACGAGCGGGGUGCACUUUCCCAGAGAAACCUGAUUUCAAAUAAUGUGCUGGUAGAAACUUUGCAAAUACAGUAAAACUGGCAGGUCCCACAUUUUCACAUCUUCUUUGCUCUACCACUAUGCUCAAAAAUAUUAAAGGAACAGUUAUCUGUGCUCCUGUCAUCAACAAAAAAAGGAUAUACCUUCCCUUUGUAUCUCUCACUACCUCUUCUAUGACAAUGGUUUUUCAGUAUAAAGGCCAUUAUUUGAUUUUUUUUUUUUUAUUAUUUCUUUAAGAAAAGGGAAUGCGGUACUUAAAGGCUAAUGUCCCAUGAAGCGGUUUCUCCACCUGUGGCAAAACUUUUCAUUUGGCCCCAUACUGCCACAUAAAAUCUCAGGUUGAAAUCUGACCUCUGUACACAGUGACGGGCAGAUUGCAUUGUUGUCGCUGGAGUCUCACAUGGGGCUGAAUGAGUGGUCCUGUUCUGGAGGAGAAACUAACAUCUAGAUAAUUGAUUUAUGUUUGACCCUACCAGAUUUAAAAUUUCUCAUUGGAACCUUUACUGCCAAGUAAACCGUUAAUUACAGACAUGUUAAAUUGUUUAAAAUCGUGUAAAAUUUUUGUUCCCAGAAAAUUGUAAUACCAAAGCAGCAUAGACAAUGAAUUUACACAUUUCUUCCUCACUUUCUAGAUUUUGAAGGAAACCAUACAACUACAUAUGUGUUAAAGAGUUUUUCACCUUUCAGUCAUUUUUAGUAUGUUAUGGAAUGGCCUAUUACCAAUUUUUUAAUUGGUCUUCAUUUUUUAUUUUCAGUAGUUUUUGAAUUAAUUGUCAUCUUCUACUUCUUUCCAGCUGUCAGAUGGGGGUCGCUGACCCCUGCAACCAAAGAUCUAUUGCUUUGUGAAGCUACGGUUUUUUGUUGCUACCUUUUAUUACUUAUCUUUUUACUCAGACCCUCUCCUGUUCAUAUUUCAAUAUCUCAUUUAAAUCACUGCCUGGUUGCUAGGGUACACAGGACCCUAGCAGCCCCAUGGUUGCUGAAAUUUCAAACUGGAGAGCUGCUGAACAAAAAGCAAUAUAAUUUAAAAACCACAAAAAAUAAAAACAUGAAAACCAGUUGCAGCUAGUCUUAGAAUGUGAAUGUCUGUAUCAUACUAAUAGUUAAUUUAAAAGUGAACCAUCCCUUUAACAUAAUAUAUAUAUUCAUAUAUUCUCCAGAGAAUGUUCAGCUAAUGUAUUCAUAUAAGAUGAGGUCAAAAUACAAAAUGAGGAUAUAAUAGAUAAUUCUUGGCUUAAUACUGACCAAAACCAGAAAUAAGAAUGCACAGUUCAUUUGUUAAAACAAUAGUUCCUUACACAGAGACUAGGACAAUCAUUUCUGUAUAUGUCAGGCUUAUGUUUUAACUAUUUAAACAGACAAACAUAUUCAUUAUUUUUAAGUUUAGCAAGGAUGUCGAGCUACUGCGGAUGCACCCCGGCAGUUAUCAGUAUUGGCUAUAACUUGUAUAUGGGUUUACAUGUAUUUGAGUACUUUUUUUUUUUUUUCUAGACUAUAAGCAGUAUAAAUAUCUAGUGGUAUGUUAAACAAAUCUUUUUACAGUUGUAGCAUAUUGGUGGUUUUACCUUAUCAAACACAGGUAGUAUAAGCUUCAGUUAUUUAAAGUUUGUUUUAGAUACAUACUUCAGCUAUAGAUGCAUACUACUGCUGAACAUAUAAAUAAACUCAUGGUCAGUGCUUUUGGCAUAUAUUCUAUAAUGCUCAAAUGUACAUAUAUUUAUAUUAUGAGGUAAACUAGUAUUGUGCCUAUUUAUACUUUUGAGCUCUGUAUCAUCUUUUGGUUACCCAACAUAAGGCCCAUGGUCACAGUACAGGGAUCAACAGAAAAAUAUUUCCUUGAAACUUGGGUGUUAUGCUUUCAUAUGUGUCAAAUCUCUUGCACAAUGCACAGUAGCUUAUGGAUAAGUGGCAAAUUGCAAAAACUGUUCCAAAAACAAGGUCUAGGUUUAUUAAGAUUUGUGUAAAUGUGUCCUGUGCAGGCAAACUAGCCUUGUGAUGCAUUUUCAGUGCUUUUCAGUGUAUUACUUCCCUUUCAUAGCAAAACACACAAAUGCAGAGUUUAAUUAUAAUUGGGAGGAUGUUCUGUCUUGUUUUAAUUAUUUUUCAACAAAGCAAUUUUACUGUAAUAAUUACAUGUGAUUUGAUACUGACCAAUAAAUGAAAUUAACCCAUUUUA